CCAUUAAUGGAAGCUUCCAUAGCUGAAAAGUCAUUUUCUCCGUCUUUUCCUUUGAACGAAACAAAUUCCUCCGCGGCGAUGACCUCUUAAUCUUCAACGCUUCCUUAAUUCCUUCAUUUUAAAAUCCUUACUACUACUUCUUUCAAACAUUCCAAACACUUUCAAUCUGUAAUUUAGGGAGAAAAUGCCGAGCUUAAUGGUGAAAGUUUAUAGCGUACUCUUCAAGUACAACCUUAAACGCCGAUUACAAACCUUAAUCGAAUCCUCAACUUCAGACUUUUUAAACGAUGUCGUUUCACGCGCUGAUGAAACCACUGCCACCUCUAAUCCUAGCUUCUCGAACAAUGGGGUUGCAACUAAGGACCUUCAUAUUGAUCCUUUGACAAAUCUCUCCCUCAGAAUUUUCCUCCCUCAAUCCUCUCUAAGAAAUUCGGUCUCCAGUGAUGGGGCUUAUGGGGGUUAUGUGCCAAUUUAUAAAAAUGGGAACAGUUGCAAGAAAUUGCCGGUGAUUUUGCAGUUUCAUGGUGGUGCAUGGGUGAGUGGGGGUAUUGAUACAGUUUCUAAUGAUGUUUUCUGUAGGAAAUUGGCGAAAUCUUGUGAUGCGAUUGUGGUCUCAGUUGGGUAUAGGCUGGCACCGGAGAGUCGGUAUCCUGCUGCAUUUGAAGAUGGGGUUAUGGCCAUUAAAUGGUUAGCUAAGCAAGCUAACUUGGCUGAAUGUGGAAGGUCGAGGAUGGUUAACGGGGAGAAGGGUAGUGGAAGGCGAAUUCUUGAUGGAUUUGGAGCUUCUAUGGUUGACCCUUGGUUAGCUGCUCAUUUAGACCCUUCAAGGUGUGUCCUCCUAGGAGUAAGUUGUGGAGCCAACAUUGCCAAUUAUGUUGCGCGAUAUGCUGUUGAGGCAGGAAAGCUUUUGGAUCCUAUAAAAGUAGUGGCUCAAGUUCUAAUGUACCCUUUCUUCAUUGGAAACAUUCCUACGCAUUCAGAGAUGAAACUGGCAAACUCUUACCUCUAUGACAAAGCUACAUGUAUUCUUGCUUGGAAACUCUUCCUCCCGGAAGCAGUUUUCAAUCUGGACCAUCUAGCUGCAAAUCCUCUUGUACCAGGAAAAGAUAAACUCUUGGACUUAAAGCAUAUGCCACCAACACUUACAGUGGUUGCACAGCAUGAUUGGAUGCGAGACAGGGCUAUUGCAUAUUCAAAGGAACUUCGAAGAGUGAACAUUGAUGCCCCUCUGCUUGAUUACAAGGAUUCUGUACAUGACUUUGCUACUCUUAAUGUGCUUCAGAAAACUCCUAAAGCUCAGGCUUGCUUAGACGACAUUUCAAUAUGGGUUAAAAAGUAUAUAUCCCUCAGAGGCAAUGAAUUUUCAUAUUGAAUGAAGAAUCAGAAUCAGAGACAAAGGUGUUCCUGCUCUUAGGGUGUCUGCCAACCUCCUUUCAUGACAUAUUUAGUUGUGCACGCUGAAGUUUUUGUAGCAGUUUUUAUCCCUGUUAGAAGUUAAGGGUACUUUGUUCAUUUAUUAAUUCAUAAUCAUUCUUUUGUAUACCGUAUGUAGUGAUGUACAUAUAGCUUAUACAUCAGAGGGCACACUAAAAUUUAAUGUAAA